UCCUUCAUCUUUAAGAGUUUCCAAGUUCAAUUCGUCCGCUGCAGCAUCAGACGAUUGAUGUUUCUUUGGUUUCCCCAUGAAAAUAAUUCCUCUGUAAAUGUUUAAACUAAGACAAAAUGCUAAUAGAAAUGUUUAAGCUAAGACAAAAAUCCAGUAGAAGAAAUGCAAAGAGAAAAACAUUACAAAUUGACGGAGCUGAAAAAUACACGUCCGCUCACCAUGCGUCCGCUCGCCCCACCAAUGUGUAACAACAAAUAUGCAUUUUUUUCCUUUGCUCAAAAAAGUUUGGGGAGGCAGUUUAAACAGGGGCAGUUACUUUUAGCUUCAAAGCUGGGAGGCAAUAAUUUGAAGGGGAUAUUCAACCUGAUGAAACUGAACUAGCAGGCAGCAACUUUGCCACUUGCAGUGGAAUAUCUGUUGCUUACUCGACACUAACCAGGCUGAGUAUAGGUCUAAUAGUAAAUAAAUAAAAACCAUACAACGGUACACUCUGACUGGAUGCUUACUUAAAGGAGGACACUUCUUUGAGCAUUUGCAGUACUUGACAGUGAUUAUUUGAAAUACUAGUACUGGUUUUUGCUAACAUGCAUAAUGCUUAUUUUUUAAGGGAUACACGGCCAAAUUCUAGGAAUGAAUAUACAGUACAAGUGCUACUGAGGUUUGUGGACUGAAAAGUUUUCAUUUUCGUUAUUAUCAGCAUUAGCAUUGCAAAGAACUAUUUUGUCAUAAUAAAAAUAAUGCUUUCUUGUUUUGUAGAUUUUGUUUGUUUGAAACAAGUUGUGAACAAGAGGACCACUUUCCUUCAUCGCUUUGUAUCAAAGUCAAUGGGAAGAUAUGUCCAUUACCUGCUGUAGGUUUUGCACUUGUUUUACUUUGUUCAACAAAGUAUUGUUAACAUUACUUGUUUAAAAAUUGGCAUGAUAUCUCAUUCAUCAUUGUAAUGUAUUAUUGCCAUCAAGCCAUCCAAGCAAAGGCCCGAGGAUGGUGAGGCAGCAGCAGAAUAGAACCGCGCAAGACUGGGCAAUAUGCAGAAAAAUUCUCGAUCGAGCUGAAAAAAGUGUAACCCAGUAAUUUGUAACCCGUAACCAUGUAAACUGAUCUAAUGAAGAUUCCCAUGAGACCAAGUGGUAUAGCACCUUUUCAAGAAAAUAAUCCUUGCAACAGGAAGGGACCAAGGAACCUUUAAAUGUUGGAAAAAAAGAAUUCCAUGCCUAUGCAAAAUAUGCAUGAUUUGCUUGUUGGCACCCUACCUACAGUAUUUACAUUAUUUUGCAUUCUGUAAUACCAAGAAAAAUCUAUAUUAACCCCAUGGAGGGGUUUUGCCCUAUGACCCUCCUCCCCCUGUUGUUGUUGUUUUUUUUCAUUGGCCCCCAAUGAACCCUCCUUACCCUCCAGGUGUCUUAACUAAGAUACCAAAUUGAUCAACGCCCUCUGUGCAUUUAUCAGUCAUCUUCUAUGUGGUUUCAAUUAAUGAUAAAACAAAAUAAUUGCCUAUGACAGUACAUUCUAUCAAUAUCUUUGAAAAUAAAUGAUAUUUUCAACGAUUUGUCAACUUGACAUUUUUACUUUCAGGGGUAUGCCUCACAACACUGUAAUCCAAAUAAUCCAAAUGUUGAACCUAAGCGACCCAGUAAACCUAUUAAUAUAACACCGCUAUGUCGACUGUCACCAACGGUUCCAAAUAACAUUCACAUUUCAUGGACACCAAAGUUUGGACAGGUAUGGACAAACAGAAACCUUUUAUUGAUACAGUCAUUUAACCAUUAGAGUACAAUAUUUAUUGAUGGAUUGACUGUCUACUGUAAAAAAUUGUGGUUUAGACAAAUUUGUAAGGAGUUUUUCAGUGUUGGGAAUUUUUAAUUGGGUUUUGGGAGGGGUGUCCGCCAAGCGCUUCUAGAUGGGAUAAAAAUUGUGUUUCCCAAAAUUUGAUUAGAUCUAUAUGUACUGUAGUUAGGCUAAGAAUCACAGAUAAACAGUUCCAUUUUUUAAUUUUGUUAAGCCAUUUACAGUAUAAUAAUUUUGAUUUCUUGAGCCCUUGGUUUUUUGAAAUGCCCAAUAAUGAAUAAUGAAAAUAUUUAUUUUUUAUUCAAACAAAGCCUAACUUUCAAACCUCCUGAUAAUUGGAAUCAAUUUGCCUUACCCAUGGUGGUUAGAUUAUUGGGAUUCCACUGUGCAUUUUUUAUUAACAAUCAUUUCUAAGCCAGACUUGAGUUGUCUACAGUCUUGAAUGUGAUGAGAACAAAAGUAGGAAAAUGCCACAAAUUAUAGUUUUGUUUUUCUGACAGACUGUUUUUCUAUUUUAUUAAUUUUCUUCAGAGGCAUGUGAUAACAGCAAAACUUGUGACAGCAGUCACAUCCAGCUGUUUGAUUCAAAGACUAAAAGCAAAUGGCUACAGAAACCCUGAUCACUCAAGAGCACUAAGUAAGCUGUGUUAUGGAUCAAUUAUGCAAUAGACUAUUGUAUUUAAUAUUUGAAGAAAUGAAAUUGAUUAGAAGAAUUUAGACAGCAUCUGGUCAUAAUAGCAAACAAAAUAGAAUCUGGUUUUUGUUAAUUGCCAGUGAAUGCACGAUAAUAUUAUGAGUGUAACAAAAACUAACGUCUGUGUCUGUGUAUUAUGUAGUGCAUGUAAUAAGCUUGCAGUUUUAAAGUGAUACAUAUCAAACAUGAGUCAGAGUGUUUCAUGUAAUAUAUCAAACAUGAGAUGCAGUGUUUCAUCACCAGAUGAAACACCGAGAAGAGAGUUGAAAAUACGACGCGCAGCGGAGUAUUUUUGACGAACUCAUUAAACAUAAAUUUCCUUUGUAUUUUCUUAAUGAAUUAUUAAUGAGUUUGAGAAUGCAAGAUCAAACAUUCAGAAGAGAGUUGAAAAUACAACACACAGAAUAGUAUUUUUUAUAAAUUUUGAGGUGUUUGAUGUUGUUAUGAAAUACUGUCUCAAACAAACUCAUUUUAGAGGGAUAAAUUAAGGAUGUAAAUAAGAGGAGUUUUUCAUCUGAUUUCUAAACAUGGAGCAUUAAACAUUUUAUUUCUUCUGUGUUUUCUUUAUGAUUUAUCAAUGAGUUUGAGAGGUUCCUUGACAACCCUUGGCUGUGGUUAACAAAUAAGACAAAAAUGUUUACAUAUCUACCUCUAUAUCAGUGGAAAGUUGGAUAAAAUGCCUGUGUUAAGUUUAAAGGCCCUUAAGUCCUUUAAGACUGCAUUUUGUGCUGGAACCUGUUAGAAAUUGUUGCUCACUUAUUCAACUCCGGUUCUUAAGUGGCUAAUACGACAAAGUAACUGGAAGAAACUUAGCAACAAAAGAUAGAAAAUAAAUAAACAAAAAUGAUCGUUGCUGAUUAAUAUUGUCUUACAAUGCAUUGACUUCUUUACUAAUAAGAAUCCAGUCCUUGAAAGUCCUUGAACCUUUAGACCAAAAAAAGCAUGAACCCAGUACCUGUUGUAGUUGCCAAACUGUAAAUUAAAGCCAGUUUUAAGGUACAAACAACCCUUAAUUAUGAUUUUGUUAAUAGAUAUACCAUAUAAACUUUGCUUGUUUAAUAAAUUUCUAGUAAAAGAAAAGCUGGCACAUGAUCCAGACAGUGAAGUAGCCACCACAAGUUUAAGAGUGUCACUUCUAUGCCCAGUGAGUAUCCUUAUAGAGGAGAUCUUGAUGUUCAUGAUCUGUUUGCUUUUCUUUUUCAAAGUUAUGUUCUGUCAAAAAUAGGAUCUGUAAGUAACAUUCUCCAUUGGAGUUGUUUAUCCAACGACUUCUGCUUUUUGACACUAUUGGGACGUCAUAUUUCACCAAUGAACAGCUUUGAUUUUGUGAAGAAAACACACUAAUCAAGUUUCACUGACAGAGGUGCAUGACUGAAGGACCUGUAGCUGAAAAUAAUAUGUGUUAGGCAAAAUACGAUUUAUUUUUAAAGCAGGAUGCACAGCAAAAGCUUGAGUAGAACCUGCAAAUGCUGGAUUUUUAUCAAAUGGAUUGUUGAAUUCGGCUUAAGCUUGAAUUUUCAGGAAAGUUUUCUAGAAUCAGUAUGGCUUCAUCAUAUGACAAACACUUCAUUUUCUGUUUUACUUUCUUUGUUAGUUUACAACAUUACAUUACUGAAUCAGAUCCACACCUGGAUUCACCCGAGUAUCAAAAACUUGUGUCAAGGAAUUUGGCAAAGUUUUUGAUAAUGAAAGAACAUUGCCAAACAACACCAUGCUACAGCAUCCAACAUUGAGCAGCAGAGAUAAGGAUUUGUUUCUUUGAAUAUACUCUCACAUUGAUUGUUUACAAGUUUUUGUGUUGCUGUUUCAGCUUGGCAAGACUCGCAUGACUCUUCCAUGCAGGUAACUUUCAAUUUAUUAUUGCAAAAUGAGAAGUUUCAGAACUCCCUUGUAUCCACAUGGCACUGUGUUGCUGUAUGUUUGCAGUGCAUCAUGUGAGGAGCUUGCUUUUAGUGUUUAUCAAGGCUUCUAUUGAUUGCUUUAAAUUAUAAUCUUGAGUCUGAAAAAGGAAUGUUUGCUUAGGAAAAGGUUCUAAAAAGUCUUGAAUUUUUCACCAAAAAAAUCUCCACAAACCUGAAAUUAUCCUCCGUACAGAGUAAAACAGAGAACCAAGAGUAAAGUCAACCCACGUAUGGCAUCAAUCAAAGAGUGCCUCCAUGUGAAAAACUCACAACAAAACUGAUGAAAGAGUAUGUUAUCAACACUACCCACACCAUAACUUGGCUGAUAUCAAUAUUAUCUCUUUCCAUGCUAGUAUUAAACAACUUAAUAUACAACAGUCAGAUUUAAUUGAUCAUCAAACUAUCAUGUAUUUUGUUACUAGGGCGAUCACAUGCAACCACUUGCAGUGCUUCGAUGCAGCUCUGUUUUUACAGAUGAAUGAAAGGUAGGGUGUUCUGUUUUUUUGUUUUUUGUUUUUUUUUUGUAACCAUAAUUUGAAAUUAGGAAAAAGAAAAAGGAGACUGGUUUGAAAAUCUUCAAACCAAAGAGAAUCGAUAGUGACAGCUAUCCUAUUCUCAAUACAGGUCUCAACUCCCUUUAUAAAGCAGACUUUGUAGGUAUCUCAAGUUAGCAUCCUCAUUAGCGAGAGUCCGUAAUAGCAGGAGUUUAUUUCAGUAACACAUGUGUAAUUUAUUUUUGGCCCAGGAUUUAGCUGCUAUCCAUAUUGUUGGGUGUCUGUUAUAGCCAGAUGUUUACAAGGCAAGAGUUGACUGUAUAGAAUCCAAACAAUACAUGAUAAUUAUUUUAAUGAGAUGGACAUCAACUAAUGACUAAUAUAAUAAAUUGUACAAAUUCACAACUCGACUUGUAACCAACUACUCUUGUUAUUGUCCAGAUUGUGUUGUAUUUUCCUUCUUUCUUAUUACUGGCAAUAAUCAGGUCAAAAUACACUGGUUUUCUAUUUAAAUGUUUUGUAGGAAAACAACAUGGAUUUGUCCAGUAUGUGACCAGAAGGCACCAUUUGAAAAACUAGUGUUGGAUGGGUAAGAUCCUAAAAUAUUUAGGAUGUUUAAUGUUUUCACCCUUGCUUUUCUUUUCAUGGCAAUCCAUUCCUGUCCCAUUUGUUGUGAGCAUUGAGUUCUUUUCAUGUAGUCUCUACCCUGUUGUGUUCAAAAUAUCAUGUCUGACAUUGUUAAUAGAGAUCUGCAUAAUCUCCAUUCACUCUUGGAGAUUUUGCCAAAAAUGCCUUUUGAAGCUAGUUGGGCUGACAUCUGGUUGCUGCCCAGCCAAAACAAAUCAAAACUACUGAAAAGGCCAUAAUACAAGUCAACCACUUAACAGUCUUCUGUUCUUGAUGUUACAUAAUCAGCUUUUGAAGUUUGGACAUGCACAGAAAGCAAAAUUUCAAGAUUGUUUCUGUGGUUUAAAGUGGCACUUUCCCCUCAUCUUUGACUUUUUCAAUUGUUGGUGUUGCAGAUUGUUUAAGGAAAUUCUGGAAGCUUCACACUGUAAUGAAAUUUGUUUUUAUGAAAAUGGUUCUUGGAGACCCAUAAGUGACCAAGGUAUUUAUCAUGCAUUUGUACGUCACAAGGUUAUUCUGUAAAAUUCCGAAAAUAAGCCCCGGGGGGCUUGUACUCAGAAUUUGCCCUCAAAUACAAAGUAAAGCAAAGCAAAAAUGGUAAAUUUCCUUCCCUCUACAAGCUAGCCCUAUCGAUUUUGAAACGCAAAUUUCCCUUCGUUCAAAAGCCCGUCCGAAUGUAAGCCCCCCCCCCCCCCCAAAAAAAAUAAGCCCCUCAAAAAGGGCCUUUGAAAAAUAUAAGCCCCAGGGUUUAUUUUCGGAAUUUUACGGUAUUGAAUAAUAAUGUAAUCCUUUGGAGCCAAUUUUAACACAUAUUCUAGAAGAAAAUAGCACAUCAUGCUGCUGAAAAUUCAUGGUGAUAAAUUGAUAUUUACAUUUGUACUGGUUAGGGGUUUUCUUAUGAUUUGAUUUCUUUUGUAAAUUUUUUAUUAUUCUAAUUGACAAAUGUGCCUCUCUUCAUUCCCAAGAAAAUGAAAGUAAAAGAGCAGUCAGUGCUUUGGUCUCCAACACAGUACCCUCACCAGAAAGAAGUUCCAGUAGUAAAGUACAUGUUGAAGGUUUGUAAUCUGGCGUCACACAUACCUUUUGUUCCUGUUGUAUUAUAUAUCCCUCACCUGUUAAGAUUUCCUUUAGCUGUACAGGUGGGAAGCCAUAUAAUUUAUUUUUCUGGUAUAAAUCCUAAAUCCUAAAUCACCGAAAAGAGCAUGAUAUAGUUUUAAGAUAGACUGGAAGGGGUCGUCCUUCUUUUCUUCGAGCCAUAUGCAGCAAGCAGUAAAGUAAAUUAAUGUUAAAGAGAAGGAGAGAUUGGGGCUAAGAGAGGAAAAAGGACUUCCCUUGGGCAUCUAUCCUUGUUCAUCUUGGUUUCUCCACACGCUCUUCACGCUUGCCCUCAGUCUUCUGUUACUCAAGAGAAAUAUAAGAGACUGCUUACAGAUAAAGUUUUAGGAGUGUUUUUUUUUUCCUUUCAGGGCAAGGAAAAAAUUUUUGGAGACUUGUCCAAUGCACAAGAUUUUUUUAUUUUAUUGUCGGUUCAUACUCCAUUGAAGUAGACAGCAUAUUCCAAUUUUAUUCAUUGCAACUUUUUGUUCAGAAUUCAAAGACGUAAAAUUGCAAUGUACUUGGUAUCGCAAUGUCCAUCAUUAUAUUAUUACAGUAGAAUUUAAUGUAAAUGCAGCGGUAGAGAUCUAUGAGAGUAAUUUCUCGACAAUGUUAUUGUUAUCUUGCGUUUUACGUGUAUACUGGCUGGAUACUGUUUUUCAAUGUUUGUUUGUUUGUCAUCUAAAACACUGCUUCCUGAUUAUUUAGCUUUUCAUCUGAACUGCCCUUCUCCGAAAUACGAUUAAAUUCCUUAUCAAUCUCUGGCAACGUAUGUCACAAUCUAAAAGGACCAUUUACUUUUUGUCCAUCUAGCUCAAUCACAGCAACCUGAAAAGAAAAAAGAAAAGGAUGUUCAAAUUAUCGACCUCACUCUGGACAGCGACAGCGAGAGUGAUAGGGAUGAUGAAACAGAAACAGAAGACCAAGAUUACACUGACAGAAGGGGGUUAAAUACACCAAGGUAAAGCACACAUACUUGUCUCAGCAUGUAUUUUAAUGCAGUCCAACUUUUUAUUAGGGAUCCCAUAUUAUGAACUACCAUUUUGCCAAAAUAACCAAAAUCAAUCUUUCUAGUCAGAGCACUUUAGUUGGAGUCACUUUCAGGAGGCGGGUGACCUUCAAACCUUAACCCUCUCAAGACCCAAUACAUACACCGUAUUCCACUGGAAACACAAAUAGAUUCCACUGCCCUCAAUACAGCGCCGUCUCUAACUCUCUUCGUGCGAGACAUAUGGAAGUGAUGCAAGCAAGGCUGAUGCGCUUGAGCCAAACGACUGACCGCUGACCACGCCCGCGCUCCUUGUUGUUAACUGUGUUAAAUAAAUAUUUUAUUUAACGCAGAAAAAUAUAUUAAAUAUUUAAUUCAACUUCAUGCAGACUUCCGGUAACUGCAAUGGAAUCUAGUUGUUGACGAGUGGAAUCUGGUGGAGUAUAGUGCGCAUUUUUUUCCAAGAGUUAUCAGCAUCACGUUUCUCCCAACAUUACCCAUACACAAGCAAGGGGAGUUAUAAAAAUGAUGACCCAAUUACAAAAUAUUUUGCUGACGUUUUUUGCCAACUCACUCUCUCCCUCUCCCCGAUUAUAAUUAGUGAAAGCCUCCUAAUAUAUUGUAAUGUGUAUUUUACGUGUUUUCGUUGCCUUGUGAUUGCAGGCCCCCUGUGAGUAGCAUGAUUCCAAGCAUGAAAAAUCCACCAAGUUUAAACUCCAUGGCAUUUUCUUCUGCACCCAACACUAUGCCAGGAUCACCGCAUGCAUCGUCAUUGUUAAAUCCAAACUUCUUCCCUCCCCCUCUCGAUUUUCCGUGCCAAAGUAAGUAAUCCCAGUCUGCUAUUUUACAUUUAAAAACAGAUGAUAAUACGUUUCUAUUCCUCAUCGUCUGCCUUGCGUUAAACCGCUCUGAAUUCCUUUUGCAAGGCGCAUGAUGUUUGAGGAAUCAUGGGCACGAAAAGAGAUACUGAGAGCUAAAAUGGACAGACUUCUCCUCCACCCCGAUCGCCAACCACUCCUUUUUAUUUUGUUUUCUCUUUUUAUUUUUGCAUCCUAUGCUUUCUCUCCCUUCAUGCGCGUAGAAACGAAUGACUUCCACGCAGGCUUCAAUUGAGGCUACUUUCCUACGCAUUCGUUUCCAAAUCGACACAGUGUAUUCUCAUGACUUUGCAGAGUUAACACGAAUCAGAAGACGUUCUUAGUUUAAACGCCGUCUUGUAGUCUCUUCGAAUCCGGGGGCAUGACAAAAUAAGACCCCGGGACUGGGGUUAGUUACAACAGAAAACUUGUCUAGUACCUGAGCAAGUGAAAGGUUAGAACGAACUUAUUACAGGGCGACAGACUUCAGUUUCAGUUCUACAGCCUGGUCUGCAAGUUUACUGUCAGACUUCUUCGUACUCAGAUUUCAGGCUUUCUCUCCCAGGAUUGAGGGUAUAAUAACUGAAUAAUAAAAAGUUUGCCCAUUAAUUUGUUCUUUUUCUUUUUGUUAGAUCUUGAUCUCGACUUAUACCAUCUGCUUCCGAAUGAACCACCGCCGCCGGUAAGUCCAACUAUAUUAGCGAUCUUCAUUUAGGGAUCAGAAUUUCUUACCCAGUCUCCUUGUUCUAUCUGAACAACGGCAGAACCCAAACUCGCUGGAGUUCAUGUGGUGUUUUAUCUGUCCGAUGAUCGCGCCAUACUGAACUGAUUUUCAUCCCAGCCUCUAUCGAGUUUCACUUUUAUUGUUUAGUUUCGUGUACCAAGUUUUUUGUGACGGUCAACUUGCACUUGUAUCAUUAAUAUUAAUAUCUUUGACAGUCUGUGUCGCUAAACUGCUUAUUUGGUUUUGCGGACUAUCUCGGAGCCUGGAACAGGCUAUGUUUACCUUGGAAAUCCUAUUCUCUAAACAUUUGCACCUUUUGUUAGCGACCACCUGUAUCCAAUAUGUCGAAAUUUUCCCCGUCGAAGCCUUACAGUUGAAACCUACGCCUUGAAGCGCGUAUAUUUGUGCUUGAAUCAACAGCUUUAACCUGGAAGCGUCAAAAUAUGUAGGAUGUCAUUCAUGGUUGUAUUUGUUUGUUUUCCACAGUAUAUGUAUCACGGGUUUCUUGGGCCUCACACAUCUUCAAAUGUUAUUCAACUGGACUGACUGCGUGGAUUUCAUUGACCAACGAAGUAGUCGGAAAAGGUCUCUUUCUCGACUUAUCCAAUUCCCAGGAAAUCACGCGAAGGAAGGAAAAGAAGAUUUCGGUCUUGGAAUUAAACUGGAAAGUGCUAGGCAGUAACCACUGCCCUUGGUCUCAAUGAACAAGAGAACGAGGAAAAUUUCAUCCCCCUUCCUCCUGUCGUUCCCUGUUUGUUUCGUGGAGCACUGAUGCCUGAAGAAUUCCGCCUGUCAGAAAAAUUUAACAGUGUACAGUAACAGCAAGGAUACAAUCAAUUCCUUUGUCUUUGCUCUGGUUAUUUAACAAUUUCAUUACUUUUUUACAGUACUUUUUAAAUUUACCCUGUGCAAAAUCGA